UGGUCAUGUGGUGAUUUCUCUUUACAGAGACACAGCCCUGAAGAGUCUAGAAAUGGGUCAGCUUCUUUAAGACAGCGCUAUAACCCUGAGUUUUAGCUCAGACCUGAUGGCUUGAGCCUGCUGAUGUCCAGUGUUUUGGAAAUCCAGUGCCUGUAGAUGUGGACUAAGGAAGAGCACCGACCAUGGUCACUCUGAUCACGGAAAAGCUGCAGAACCAGAGUUUGGAUGACCUUACGCGCAGGGCCCGUGAGGCUAGCCCGUGCCAUGACACUUGAAGCUAACACAGAUACACUCUGAGUACAGCUAGGGAUUCCAGAAAUACAAAGCAAAGAAAUAUUCUGCUGAGAAACUGAGCAAAAGUGGCCAUUUGUUCCCUUUGGAGAUUGGCGUGGACAAAAGUCCCUGGAAGGCCUUACAUGGAGGAUGGCCCAUUGGAAGCCAGGCGGCCUCAGGCCCCUUCCCAUUGGGCUCACAUGGUGGGGCUCACACUGAAGGUCUCAAGUGGCAGCUGGAAUCCCCAGGGCCUAUGGAUGUGGGCAGCUUCUUGGACCUCCAUGAGAGCACAGGGCCUCCUGCAGCACCACCAACCAAGCGACACUGCCGGUCCCUGUCAGAACCAGAAGAGCUGACUCGAUGCCGUUCUCCAUGGCGCCCUGGUAGCUCCAAGGUGUGGACUCCCAUCUCUAAAAGGAGAUGCAACAGCGGUGGGAGUGCCACACUGCAGUGCUGCAGUGGCCUUGGGAACCCUACCCUGCAGGGAAGUCUAGGUCCAGGCCUACCCAGGAGUCCUGUGUCGCCUGCUGGCCCUACCUCACCACUGACGCCCCGGCCAGCCUCAGCCAGCAGUGGCUUUGUGGAAGGCAGUGAGGGCAGUACAAGCUCAGGUCCUCCCUGGCUUUCCACAGGACCCUGCCCGUUUUCCUCCAGGCGUCGACUGUCUCUCUCACAAGAGCACCUUGUAGAUGCAAGCGCUUGCCUUCCUUCAGCCAACAGCACCCCCACGUCUACACCUGAGCUAGGCCGGCACCAUGGCCUGCUUCGGUGCCGCUCACAGCCUUGUGUAUUGGAUGGGAGGAGGGUCCGGCGCAAGCGGAGACGGGAGGAGGAUGCCAGGUGGACGCGCCCAUCCUUGGACUUUCUGAAAAUGACACGGACUUUAAAAAACUCAAAGAGCCUUUGCUCCCUGGACUAUGAAGACGAUGAGGAUGACACCCAAGCGAAGACUGUUGUGUCCUCCCCAUGUAACUCACAGGGCCUUGUGGGCAUCACCACACCCAGCUCUAGCCCAGGGAUUCUCAGGCCUGGCCCUACCAGUCCUAGUGCCUGGGCUUCAGGGGAGCCAGAGGCCAGCACAGGCGAGGGUGGGAGCAGUGGGGACCCCAGUGACUGGGACAGUGCAGGAGAGGAGGGCAUCUUCCCACUGGACCACGGCGACCUGGACCUGGAGCAGAUCGAGAACAACUGAUGUCUGGCUGAGCAGUGGUUGCUGUCUGUCACCUUGGUGCCUGACCGGUGGAAAUAACGUGUGUUAUUUUGAAAAUUGAGGCGUAAUUUUGAUUCAGUUUUUCCUAAAAAAGUAUUUUGCAUUUUUAUGGCUUCUACAGUUUGGGAGAGCUUCUCUAUUUUGAAAUGGGUUUUCACAGGGCAUUCUAUUAAACAUGAUUCUGCCUAGAGUCUCUCCACUUCUGCUCUUUUUGCUGUGAAAACCAAGUGAUUUGCUUGAUAACCUUGGGGCUGAUGGUCUGCAGGCUCCCUGGGGAGGGAUCACAGCCUGAGAGUUUGGGGUGUUCUGUACCCUUAGCCUUUGAUAUCUGCAGUUGGCAAACUGGCAGCUUGGACCCCCUGACUUUCUGAUGGUGAGGUGCUGGCUGGGUUGGGUUGAGUCUUAAUGCUGCUUUUCUAUAGCCCAGUGGCUUUGAGCUUCUGGGACAUGCAGUGGCCAUACCAGUCCCCAAAAGUGAUGCUGCCAGCAGUAUGGCUAGCACC